AUGCUCCACUUCAAAUAUGGCUCAGUUAACAGAUUUCCCACUGUGACAUCCCACAAGGUCAUAUUCCCACUUAGACAUCAAGCAGGCAGCAAGUCCCUGUCUCCUCCCCUGGGCCCACCAGAGUCCUCCCCUCCUCCCCCGGGCCCCCCAGAGUCCCUUCCUCCUCCCCCGGGCCCCACAGUGUCCCUCCCUCCUCCCCCGGGCCCCCCAGAGUCCCUCCCUCCUCCCCCGGGGCCCCAUAGUGUCCCUCCCUCAUCCCCCGGGCCCCCAGACUUUGCGAGUCAGAGUACACCGAAGUGCAGGGUGAGUACUUACUAUUACACUAAGUGGCAUUGCCUCUACCUGUACGGGAGUGUUGUCUUGGAUGUGACGUUAAACUGCAUCUACAAAAUGCGCACAAAUGACCGUUACUACUCACUCUGUGCCAUAAAACCGAGCGGGCCCUUCGAGAAUUGA